AUGAAGGACCCCGUUCCACGAACCGCUUCUCCUUACACUGAUCCUUCCAUCAAAGGUCCCAGAUCUCAACUUCUCUCCUCUGGCGUUCAGAAUUUCCGCAAAAUGAUUUCCAACACCGUCAACAAGACCAGCCUGCACCCCGGCGGUGUCCAACCCCACCGGGAGCACACCGAGAUUGAGGAGGAACUCCACGAGAAGGCACACAUCGACUACGACCGUGUCGCAAUUAUCCCGAACCCUUCCGUCGCGGCCUUGUACGAGGAUGCGUUGGUCUAUGAGCCCGGCUCGGGCAUCUCAUCUACCGGAGCCCUGACUGCUUACUCUGGCGCCAAGACUGGUCGCUCGCCGUCAGACAAGAGGAUUGUCAAGGAGGAGGGCUCAGAAAGCGAGAUUUGGUGGGGACCCGUCAACAAGCCCAUGACCCCAGAGGUCUGGAAGAUCAACCGCGAGCGUGCUGUCGACUACCUGAACACGAGGAGCCGUAUCUACGUUAUCGACGGAUAUGCCGGCUGGGAUGAGCGCUACAGGAUCCGCGUGCGCGUUGUCUGCGCCCGCGCCUACCACGCCCUCUUCAUGCGCAACAUGUUGAUCCGCCCUUCGCGCGAGGAGCUCGAGCACUUCGCGCCCGACUACACCAUCUACAACGCCGGCACCUUCCCCGCCAACCGCUACACCGAGGGUAUGACUUCUGGCACCUCAGUAUCCAUCAACUUCGCCGAGAAGGAGAUGGUCAUUCUGGGUACCGAGUACGCCGGCGAGAUGAAGAAGGGUGUCUUCACCGUCCUCUUCUACGAGAUGCCCAUCAAGCACAACGUCCUGACCCUGCACUCGUCCGCCAACGAGGGCAAGAACGGCGAUGUCACCGUCUUCUUCGGUCUGUCCGGUACCGGCAAGACCACCCUGUCUGCCGAUCCCAACCGUGCCCUGAUUGGUGACGACGAGCACUGCUGGACCGACAAGGGUGUCUUCAACAUUGAGGGUGGCUGCUACGCCAAGUGCGUCGGCCUGUCUGCCGAGAAGGAGCCCGAUAUCUUCAACGCCGUCAAGUUCGGCUCCGUCCUCGAGAACGUCGUCUUCGACCCCGAGACCCGUGUUGUCGACUACGACGACAUCACUCUGACCGAGAACACUCGCUGCGCCUACCCCAUCGAGUACAUCUCCAACGCCAAGAUCCCCUGCAAGUCCGACAACCACCCCCGCAACAUCAUCCUCCUCACCUGCGACGCCCGCGGUGUCCUGCCCCCCAUCUCCAAGCUGGACCGUGCCCAGACCAUGUUCCACUUCAUCUCUGGUUACACCUCCAAGAUGGCCGGUACCGAGGACGGUGUCACCGAGCCCCAGGCCACCUUCUCUUCCUGCUUCGCCCAGCCCUUCCUGGCCCUGCACCCCAUGCGCUACGCCAAGAUGCUCGCGGACAAGAUCGACCAGCACAAGGCCAACGCCUGGCUCCUCAACACCGGCUGGGUCGGUGCCGGCCACGCCCAGGGUGGCAAGCGCUGCCCCCUCAAGUACACUCGCGCCAUCCUCGACGCCAUCCACUCUGGCGAGCUCGCCAACGUCGAGUACGAGAACUACGAUGUCUUCAACCUGCAGGUCCCCAAGACCUGCCCCGGCGUCCCCGCCGAGCUGCUCAACCCCAAGGCCGCCUGGACCGCCGGUGCCGACAGCUUCAACACCGAGGUCACCAAGCUCGGCAAGCUCUUCAUCGAGAACUUCAAGAAGUACGAGAGCGAGGCCACCGAGGACGUCGUUAAGGCCGGCCCCGUUGUCUAA